GAGUUUUAUUGACUGGCUAAAUCAAGUACAAUAUUAAUUAUUACUGGAGCCUUAAAAUUUAAUGCAAAAUCUUGAGUCAUUAUUCUUGAAAAACAUCAAUUAAUCUGCGUAAAAGUGCUGCUUACUUGAACUAUUAAGGAGAGAUUUGUGAUAUAAAAAAAAUUUUGAAUUUUAUCAUUUUCCAUGAUCACAAAAUUUCAGUAUUGGCUCAGGACAAAAACAAACUUAUACUAAUCGAUAUAUAAAUACGUCUCCAAACAUGUUUAUACUUCUAUACAAGAGAAAUUUCAAUGAAAAAUAAAUUUAUCGUCAAUAAAUAUCGUCUAGAAAAUUGAAAAAUCUACACGAACAUUUUUUUCUAAUUUGAAAAAAAUUUUUUUUUUCUAAAGUUAUAAGGUUUUUUAUUUUAAAAAUGGUGGAUGUUGGCUAACUUUAGGGUCGUGAGUACUGUGUCUUGAUGAAAAUGAAGACUCUCCGAUAAUUUAAGAAAAUUAAUAACAACAUAUAAAAUAUUUCGGAUCAAAUGGAACUCAAGACGUAAAAUUUGUGGUGGGGAUUCAGGACUUCAAGAUUAAGAUAUAGAAUCGAAAUGAGUCAGUUGAGUUUCUUCAGCCCUUUUAAGAAGGUUGUGUAAUAAAGUAGAAAUUUUUUUUUUACAAUAUAUUAUUAAAUUGAAAAAUUUCCACUUUUAUAUUAUCAAUUGUUUUAAAUAUAAAUAUUAAAAAAAUAUUUAAUAAGUUUUUAACAUGGAGAAAAAUAUGAAGAAGGAAGUUAUAGUCUUAAGCAAAUGUUGCUGUUUUAGUCUUAAAACCGGGACAUUAGUGCUUUCUAUCAUUGACAUUAUAUUGAAUAUUUUGGUAGCUUUUAUGCUGAUAAUGGUUUAUUAUACAAUAUAUAAUAAUGCUAGCAAUACCGGAAACGAAGAACUAAGACCACGUAAUGAUUUUGGUCGUUAUUUGAUCGGCAUUCUCAUCAUUAAACAAAUUGCAGAAAUUUUUAUAAAUUUCGGUGUGAUCUUCGGUUCUCACAAGAAAUCCAUUAAUGGUACAGUGAUGAAAAUGAUGGCAAACUUGAUUUCUUUUAAAAAAAACUUAUUAGCUGCAUCAACAUUAUGGGUUUGGAUGUGUAUUAUCAGAAGCUUUCGUGUUUCUGUAGGAUUCGGAUUAAUAAUGUUAUUUAGUGGAAGUUUAUACUCAAUUGGUUGUUAUUGCGCCUGGUUAGUUAUUUACAAUCGAUUCAAAGAAAUACAAGAUAAAGAAAAGCUUCCCAUUACUUACAAUCCGUAAAUGAAAAAUAUAUAUUGAAUAUUUAUUAAUGAGCUUAUAUGGUGGUAUCGAGUCGAAAAUGUUCCCGAAAUUUUCAACUCCAAAUUUUUAUACCCUAGCCUAUAAAUUUUAAGCUCUAAAAAUCUGAACAGCCAUUAAGAUAUAAAAUCUUGCGCCUCAUUUCCCAAAAUACAUAAGUAUAGUUUUUAUAAGGUUCAACUCUGAUGUUUCACAAAAAGAUUUGGAUAAUAAAAAUUUAAAACU